AUGAUAUUCAGACGACCCCGUCUCCGCGUCACCCAGCCCAAGUCGGCUUUCGCAGAGGGAAAUGCCCGCUGGACCAACCUCGAUCUCGAUCCUGUCCCUCGUCACCGUCGAAAAUGGGGUCCAUUGAGUUUUGUCGGUGAGAUACCGCCGCUUCACUUUUUGGCGUACUGGAUCUCCGACGCUUUCAACGCCGCAACAUGGCAGUUCGCCAGUAGCAUCAUCGCUGUGGGGUUGAGCUGGCGCGAGUCCCUCUCCAUCGUGGCCAUCUCAUUCCUCAUCAUUUCCUUCGUCAUUGCCGCGAAUGGUGCCGUCGGCGCCAUCUACCACAUCCCGUUUCCCGUUAUCGCCCGGGCGAGCUGGGGCUUCUGGGGCUCCUACGUCGCCAUCAUCUCUCGCGUGAUCCUGGCAAUCUUCUGGUUUGCGAUACAGAAUGUCAACGGCGGUAAUGCCGUGCGGUGCAUGAUCGGCGCCAUCUGGCCGAGUUUCCUGACGUUGAAGAAUGACAUCCCCGAGGACGAGGGCAUCACGACUGCCGGGAUGGUGGGAUACCUAAUCUUUUUUAUUGUGCAGUUCCCGUUCCUGUGUAUUCAUCCAAACAAAGUCCGGUGGCUGUUCGUUGCCAAAUCGAUCAUCGUGCCCAUUGCGUGGCUGGCGAUUCUCGUCUGGGCGUUCGUGGCCGAGGGCGGCGGAGCGAUCUUUGACCAGAAGCCCACGGUUUCCGGGUCCAAGUAUAGCUGGCUGUUCCUGGCGAAUAUGACGUCUGUACUGGGGAACUAUGCCACGCUCAGCGUGAAUCAGUCCGACUUCUCUCGCUACUCUCGCGUCAGCCCCAAAUGGCAGCUCCUCUACAUCCCCAUGCUCCCCAUCGUCUUCACCUUCAUCUCCUUCAUCGGCAUCGCAGCCUCCUCCGCCGGCCAGUCUCGAUACGGUGGCGACAUCCCCUGGGACCCGAUUGUGCUGAUCAGCCACUGGACCAGCCGCGCCUGCCGCUUCUUCGCCGCGUUUUCCUUCGCCCUCGCCUCUCUAGGCGUCAACAUCUCCGCCAACUCCAUCUCCGCCGCCAACGACCUGACCGCGCUCGCCCCGCAGUACAUCAACUUGCGCCGCGGGCAGAUCAUCUGCGCAGUCCUGUCGUGGUGCCUCGUCCCCUGGAAGAUCCUCGCGUCCGCAGGAAGCUUCCUGAACUUCAUGUCCGCGUACGCCAUCUUCCUCGGCCCCGUCGGUGCAAUCAUGCUCUGGGACUUUUGGCUCGUCAAGCGGCGGAAGUACGAUACCCUGGCACUGUAUCAGCCCUCGAACCCGACGUAUCGGUACUCCGCUAGCAUUGAUGUUGGGGUUGGGAUCCAUCCGUACCAGUUUGGGUGGUUGUUAGGCUUUGUGGGGACGAGUAUCGUCUAUGUGGGUCUGUCGCUUUGGUUCCCGGCGCGGGAGACCUUGAUUGAGCGGGCUGAGGUAUUGGGGGAGGGCGUGGGCCGCGAAGAGAAGAUGCUCGGCGUGAAGGACGGGAUAUCAGAGAAACGAUUCUGA